AUGGAUGAUGUAGACACUUUAGAAAGCAUUAAUGGCUUUUACAGCAGAGUUCGCUGGAAUAACCAGUUUAAACAGUUAACUAUAGUGCCCAAACACUUGCAAACAGUGUUUGAUGGGCGGAAGACCGUUCUGGAGAAGUAUCAGGACAUUGCAGGUAGGUCAAAUGGUAUUGAUGAAUCUAAAUCGUUGGUCAAAUCUGAAAAUGAUCAUCAAAAUAUGCUUUCGCAAGUUUUCGGUCAAGAUUCCGCCAGUCAUUCAGUUUUACAAAGGCAGGAACAGCUGUUAUCACAGAGACCUGCAUGGCAUGCACCAUGGAAAUUGAUCAGAGUGAUCAAUGGCCACGUUGGUUGGGUUAGAUGUUUAAAGGUGGACCCAGUGGAUAACGAAUGGUUUGCAACUGGCAGUAAUGAUACUACUGUAAAAAUAUGGGAUUUGGCAAGUGGAAAACUGAAGUUGACGUUGGCAGGCCACGUUAUGACUGUGAGAGACGUUGCCAUUUCACAGAGACAUCCAUAUUUGUUUAGUGCCAGUGAAGAUAAGAUGGUUAAAUGUUGGGAUUUAGAAAAAAAUCAAAUCAUUAGGGAUUAUCAUGGCCACCUGUCGGGAGUUCAUACCGUAGAUAUUCAUCCAACACUGGAUCUGAUAGCCUCUGCAGGUAGAGAUGGUGUUGUUAAGCUUUGGGAUAUAAGAUCACGAACUGCGGUAAUGACACUCAUAGGCCACAAAUCACCUAUCACCAAAGUGCAUUGCCUGCCGGUAAACCCACAAGUCGUCAGUUCCUCCACUGAUGCCACUGUUCGUCUAUGGGAUGUAACAGCUGGGAAAUCGUACAAGAUUCUCACACAUCACAAGAGGUCUGUAAGAGACUUCAGUUUGCAUCCAUCAGAAUUUUCCAUGGUAUCAGCGUGCACAGACGAUAUUAGAUCUUGGAAAUUACCGGAGGGUGCUCUUCUAACGAAUUUCGCAUCAGAAUCUACAGGAAUCAUCAAUACACUGAGUGUCAACCAAGAUGACGUCCUUUUCGCUGGUGGAGACGAUGGUAUGCUUUCCUUCUACGACUAUAAAUCCGGGCACAAGUAUCAAACCAUGGCUACACAGGAAGUACCAGGCUCUUUAGAGAGUGAAAGGGCAAUUUUGACUAGCGCGUUUGAUCGCACCGGAUUACGUUUGAUUACUGGUGAAGCAGACAAGAGUAUCAAGGUAUGGAAGCAGAUACCUCAUUCAACGCCAGAGACCCAUCCAGGACUUCCAUGGGCACCAAGCAUAAGCGCCCAAAGAUUUUAA